AUGCAAAAGUCAAAAGCCCAGGACAGCAACGGUAGUCUAGCACUUGACACUUUCACUUUCACUCUCAUUUUCACUUUCGACAGCAACACGGCACUCGAAGUCUCGCCGCGCCAACCCACCCGCACACCCCUCUCUCGGGCCCAAAAAUACACCGGAAACAGGGACAUUCGUCACCGAAGCCGAAAAUACAGUCCCCGGCACCCGGCCCACUCUGGCUGGCCAGAGGAGUCGAAGGACCAUCCAAGGCACGAGAUGUACUCUGCACUACGUACGGAGUCUACCUACGAUGUAUGUAGAGGCAAGCACAAGGCAGGCAGGCUGGCUGGGAACUAG